CGUUACAAACACACUACAUCAAGACAAGUGAAGAUGGCGGAUGUAUUGAGUGUUCUUCGUCAGUAUAACAUCCAGAAAAAGGAAAUCGUCGCCAAAGGAGAUGAAGUUAUAUUUGGAGAGUUCUCCUGGCCGAAAAAUGUCAAGACCAACUACAUAAUCUGGGGUACUGGUAAAGAGGGCCAGCCCAAAGAGUACUAUACUUUGGACUCUAUCUUGUUCCUGCUCAACAAUGUGCAUCUCCCACAUCCAUCCUAUGUGCGACGAGCUGCAACAGAGAACAUCCCUGUUGUCAGACGACCUGAUCGAAAAGGCUUGCUGUCGUAUCUCAACGGGGAGAGCUCAACAUCGACGAGUAUUGACAGAAGUGCACCCAUAGAAAUAGGUUUGCAAAGGCCAACGCAAGUCAAAAGAGCAGCUGAUGAGGUCUCUUCUGAAGCCAAAAAGCCAAGGAUUGAGGAUGAGGAGCGAGUGCGUCUGGACAAGGAGCGUCUGGCUGCCCGUCUGGAGGGCCACAAAGAGGGCAUCGUGCAGACCGACCAAAUCAGAUCACUGUCUGAGGCCAUGUCCGUGGAGAAGAUUGCAGCCAUCAAGGCCAAGAUUAUGGCCAAGAAACGUUCCACCAUCAAAACAGAUCUGGAUGAUGACAUCACCCUGAAGCAGAGAAGCUUUGUGGACGCAGAGGGGGAGGUCACCAGAGAUAUUGUCAGCAGAGAGAGGGUCUGGAGGACUAGGACAACCAUUCUCCAGAGCACUGGAAAGAACUUCUCCAAGAACAUCUUCGCCAUCCUUCAGUCAGUGAAAGCCAGAGAAGAAGGCCGAGCACCAGAGCAGAGACCAGCACAGAACACUACUCAAGUGGACCCGUCCCUAAGGAACAAGCAGCCUGUCCCAGCUGCCUACAACAGAUACGAUCAGGAGCGAUUCAAAGGAAAAGAGGAAACGGAGGGUUUCAAGAUCGACACCAUGGGCACCUACCACGGCAUGACCCUGAAGUCAGUGACGGAAGGAGCAUCUGCUCGGAAGGCCCAGACCCCAGCGCUGCAGCCUGUCCCUCGUCCAGUUUCACAAGCCAGACCUCCACCGAAUCAGAAGAAAGGGUCCCGGACACCCAUCGUCAUCAUCCCCGCCGCCACCACCUCACUCAUCACAAUGCUCAAUGCCAAGGAUCUCCUGCAGGAUCUAAAGUUUGUCACGUCAGAGGAGAAGAAGAAGCAGGGCAUCCAGCGUGAUAAUGAGGUUCUGCUUCAGAGGCGCAAAGACCAGAUCCAGCCCGGAGGCACAACGCUGAGUGUCACUGUGCCGUACCGUAUCAUCGAUCAGCCGCUCAAACUGGCUCCACAAGACUGGGACCGAGUGGUGGCUGUGUUCGUGCAGGGUCCUGCCUGGCAGUUCAAAGGCUGGCCGUGGCUGCUGCCUGAUGGAUCUCCUGUUGACAUUUUCGCCAAAAUUCGAGCCUUUCAUUUGAAGUAUGAUGAGGCAAAGACAGACCCCAACGUGCAGAAGUGGGAUGUUACCGUCCUGGAGCUGAGCCGCCACAGGCGCCACCUGGACCGGCCCGUCUUCCUGCGCUUUUGGGAAACCCUCGACAGAUACAUGGUGAAACACAAAUCUCACCUCAGGUUCUGAGCCCAGAUCACAGCGUCCAUCUCCGAAAAUCCUACAAAUGAAUUCUUCGGCCCUCCAACUCUCCUCGGCCCUCCUCUCUCAGAGGUAGCCCCUCUCAUCCGAGCUGCCAUCUUCCAACUUGAUCCCCCAUUUUAACGCGUUAUCCAGUGAACUUCCUCUGACACUUCCUCCUGAUGCAAUGCGCUGGAUAUGUUACUCUGGACACUGGAGAGGAGAUUUGGGGGAUUUUUUUUUGUGUGUGUUUUUGUUGUAAUUGUUUUCUAAUGUUUUCAUGUAGUUCAACAAAAAUACCAAAAUAUGUUUUGUAUAAAAACAAACAAAAAAAAGGCAACAUACUGUGGAAACAGUUUAAACGAGAUAUUAAGUAACAGGACGAGGUCAGAGGUUUUCAUUUUUGUCAGUGGUUAAGAGGGAAAUAUUGUGAACUCAGAACUGUUUAGAUUGAGAGAAACGUGAAAAUGACUCUCGGUACAAACAAAACGGCCACUGAGUUUGGGGAAAGAGACUUCCUUUACACUUUUACUUUUCUUUUGGGUGUUUGUGGUCUGAAUGUACAUACAGUAUAUGAUAAAACCUAUCAGAUCCAAAGCUCUUUGAGCAGAGAGGAGGAUGCAGGUAAGUGAUAUGUUAAUACUACUCUACUCUGCUCUGCAACAGCCAGAUGAUCUCAGCCAAGCAGUCAGGUCCCUAGCUCAGUUUCUGAUGGAUCAGCACAUCUCUCAGUCAUGCAAUGACCCUGUUUAAGUUUUCUGUUCCUUUGUUGGUGUUGUGCUAGAGGAGAGAAAUGAUGGAAAGUAUUGCUUUAAGUCGUCACAUGAAAAUAGACAAUAAAGCCUCAGAGAAAUGAA